UGUGAUAAGCACUAGCACUAUCAACUCCACCACCAAGCUCCUCCAUUAUCAGAAACUUAAUUUAGUGAACCCAAAACACACCCUUUAAUAUUUUUCUUUCAUUGCAGAAUCUCCACUACUUGUUCAUCAUCAAAAUAUAUCCAUCUCUCUUGCUAGUUUCAUCAGUUUUAGAAUUAUAUAUACAUAUAUAGCAAGGAUCGAAUUGAAGAUCAUCAUGUGGCGUAGGGUGGCAACUCUAGGGCAAAACCUUCAGAACAUAAGAAAGAGUCCAAGAGUGGCAGAUGAGAGCAUGUUUGGAGGCGGGAAUAACCAAGCCGAGUUGCCAAUCAUCGCCCAUGGAAGAUCGCCGGCGAUAUGGAAAGGUUUGACGAUCAUAUGCAGUGUGGUUCGGGCUCCGAUUCUGUCCUUGUUCUCUUGCUUCUCUCAACCUUCUUCUCACCAUGUUAAUGGAGGUGGUGGUGGAAAUAAUAUUACAGCUUAUGGGGUUUGGGCCACAGGUGAGUUUGCUCAGAUAUCUGAGAUGAACCAUCUCAUGGUAAGCGACAGCAUGCGUUAUGCAAUAUUGAUGUGAAAAAAGAAAAAAACAGACAUAGAGAGUGGGGAAUAAUUAAAUGUAAGUAGCAAAAUUGUUUUGUUUGCCUUAAUUAGAGGAAAAUUUAGAUAAUGGAAACGAUUCUAUGUUGAGUUUUUGACUUUUUCUAAUGAGCCCAAUUAAUUAAUAAUAUAUUUUAAUGUGUAUUUUCCAGUGUAAUUUAGCCAUGAAUAUAUUCAUAUAUAUCUAGUAUUGAUUAUGCAGUGCUUAUUACAUUAAA